GAGUUCUGUCUAUGAAAGUGGCAACUAUAAGGAAACGCAGAGUGGCGAGACCAGUCUAUGUGAUGUUUGGCAUUGGAAGUGGAAAUAUCUGAACAGUAAUGUAUUGCAGUACGUUUCAACAAGUGUUUGAUGGUUCAGAAGACGUAUAAUGACUGAGUCCUGACAGUUGUGUUGUGACGUGGUGAUGCCCCGUCUUCGUCAGAUCAAGCUGCCUGUGGUCGUCAUCAUCGGUUUCUGCCUCAUCUACUUCCUGUUACACCAUUAUGCCAGCGACAUCAACAGACACCCGAGACUUUUCCGACCACGGCCCCACAAGGGAGUUCCUAUGCCCUUGCCCCCUGAUGAUGUGGCGGAUAAUGGGAAACUAUCCAAGUACAGUCUCGGGCAUCUCCAUGACAUAGGGAGGAUUGAGACACCAGACGACCAGCGUAAACAUGACCAAGGUUACCACCGCCAUGCCUUCAACAUCCUCAUCAGCGACAGACUUGAUUAUGUACGACCUAUCCCCGACACGAGGAACCCGCAGUGCAGGGACAGUGUGUUCUCCAGUAACCUGCCGACAGCUAGCGUUAUCAUCUGCUACAUCAACGAAGCCAGAUCUGCCUUGCUGCGCACAAUCCACACUGUGAUAGCCCGGUCACCGGAACACCUUCUCAAUGAGAUUAUACUGAUCGAUGAUUUCAGUGACCUAGAUGAACUGAGGGGAGACUUCCUUAACUAUAUCCACAUCAACCUGCCGCAAGUAAAGGUGUACCGGAUGGAGGAGAGGUCAGGGUUGAUUCGGGCUCGGAUGUUUGGAGCUAAGAAGGCCCGAGGAGAGGUGUUGGUGUUCCUGGACAGUCACUGUGAGGUGAAUGUCAACUGGCUGGAGCCGCUGUUGGAGCGGGUAGCAGAGAGUGAGCACAACGUUGUCAUCCCCAUAAUCGACAUCAUCAGCCCCGACACCUUCGCCUACGAGGCCUCGCCGCUGGUGCGCGGAGGCUUCAACUGGGGGAUGCACUUCCGCUGGGACCAACUUCCUCAGAGUGUCGUGGACAACCAAGCUACAAACAGCAAACCAAUGAAGUCCCCCACGAUGGCGGGAGGCCUGUUUGCCAUAGACAGAAUGUACUUCCACCAGAUGGGAGAGUACGACUCGGGGAUGGAUGUGUGGGGUGGAGAGAAUCUCGAGAUUUCCUUCAGGAUCUGGAUGUGUGGCGGGCAGCUAGAGAUCAUCCCGUGUUCGCGUGUCGGGCACAUCUUCCGCAAGCGGCGGCCAUACAGCGGACCAGGAGGAGACAGUUUCACCAAGAACUCCCUCCGAGUGGCCCUGGUGUGGAUGGAUGACUAUAUCAAAUAUUACUACAAGAUCAGUCCUGGUGCCAAAGAUGUUGAUGCCGGCGACGUCUCAGACCGCAAAGCUCUGAGGAAGCAGCUGAACUGUAAAUCCUUCAAGUGGUACCUGGACACAGUCUACCCACAGCUGUCAUUGCCAAGUCAACACAGUGGAAACCAGGUGUUUUUCAAUAAGCACAAACUUGGGACAUUCCAGCAGCCGAAGACCAAGAGAUCUGGAAUGUUGAAGCACAUGGCCUCGGGUCUGUGUGUGGAGUCGGAGGAAGAAGUAUUCAACAAGAAGUCUCUCCUGCACCUGGCUGUGUGUAGGUCCACCGCAGAGAGUAAAGAUCAGGUUUGGUUUGAGACGGUGGACAAGGACUUCCGUCUGGCUAACUUGCUGUGCCUGGAUGUUGAAGACAAGGGGAAUGGUGGCGCCAUCUAUGGACGGAUUAUGAAAUGUGGCGGUUUCUCCUCUCAGCAAUGGGUGUGGAGCAAGCAGUCAGGGAAGUCCCAGCUGUACAACCCCGGUAGUGGGAAGUGUUUGUCUGCCACGGGGAUAGAACCCAACUCACUCACUCACUCACUCAUACAUCUCUCUACUUUUCAGUCAGGGAAGUCCCAGCUGUACAACCCCGGUAGUGGGAAGUGUUUGUCUGCCACGGGGAUAGAACCCAACUCACUCACUCACUCACUCAUACGUCUCUACCUUUCAGUCAGGGAAGUCCCAGCUGUACAACCCCAGUAGUGGGAAGUGUUUGUCUGCCACGGGGAUAGAACCCAACUCACUCACUCACUCAUACGUCUCUACCUUUCAGUCAGGGAAGUCCCAGCUGUACAACCCCGGUAGUGGGAAGUGUUUGUCUGCCACGGGGAUAGAACCCAACUCACUCACUCACUCACUCAUACGUCUCUCUACCUUUCAGUCAGGGAAGUCCCAGCUGUACAACCCCGGUAGUGGGAAGUGUUUGUCUGCCACGGGGAUAGAACCCAACUCACUCACUCACUCACAAAUCUCUAACUUUCAGUCAGGGAAGUCCCAGCUGUACAACCCCGGUAGUGGGAAGUGUUUGUCUGCCACGGGGAUAGAACCCAACUCACUCACUCACUCAUACGUCUCUACCUUUCAGUCAGGGAAGUCCCAGCUGUACAACCCCGGUAGUGGGAAGUGUUUGUCUGCCACGGGGAUAGAACCCAACUCACUCACUCACUCACUCAUACGUCUCUACCUUUCAGUCAGGGAAGUCCCAGCUGUACAACCCCGGUAGUGGGAAGUGUUUGUCUGCCACGGGGAUAGAACCCAACUCGCUCACUCACUCAUACGUCUCUACCUUUCAGUCAGGGAAGUCCCAGCUGUACAACCCCGGUAGUGGGAAGUGUUUGUCUGCCACGGGGAUAGAACCCAACUCACUCACUCACUCAUACGUCUCUACCUUUCAGUCAGGGAAGUCCAAGCUGUACAACCCCAGUAGUGGGAAGUGUUUGUCUGCCACGGGGAUGGAACCCAACUCACUCACUCACUCAUACGUCUCUACCUUUCAGUCAGGGAAGUCCAAGCUGUACAACCCCGGUAGUGGGAAGUGUUUGUCUGCCACGGGGAUAGAACCCAACUCACUCACUCACUCAUACGUCUCUACCUUUCAGUCAGGGAAGUCCCAGCUGUACAACCCCGGUAGUGGGAAGUGUUUGUCUGCAAAGGGGAUAGAACCCAACUCUCUCACUCACUCACUCAUACGUCUCUACCUUUCAGUCAGGGAAGUCCCAGCUGUACAACCCCAGUAGUGGGAAGUGUUUGUCUGCCACGGGAAUAGAACCCAACUCACUCACUCAUACGUCUCUCUACCUUUCAGUCAGGGAAGUCCCAGCUGUACAACCCCGGUAGUGGGAAGUGUUUGUCUGCCACGGGGAUAGAACCCGACUCACUCACUCACUCACUCAUACGUCUCUACCUUUCAGUCAGGGAAGUCCCAGCUGUACAACCCCGGUAGUGGGAAGUGUUUGUCUGCCACGGGGAUAGAACCCAACUCACUCACUCACUCACUCAUACGUCUCUACCUUUCAGUCAGGGAAGUCCCAGCUGUACAACCCCGGUAGUGGGAAGUGUUUGUCUGCCACGGGGAUAGAACCCAACUCACUCACUCACUCAUACGUCUCUACCUUUCAGUCAGGGAAGUCCAAGCUGUACAACCCCAGUAGUGGGAAGUGUUUGUCUGCCACGGGGAUAGAACCCAACUCACUCACUCACUCACUCACUCACUCACUCACUCACUCACUCACACAUCUCUACCUUUCAGUCAGGGAAGUCCCAGCUGUACAACCCCGGUAGUGAGAAGUGUUUGUCUGCCACGGGGAUAGAACCCAACUCA